UGUCCACAGUGUCCUUUUCGUGCUACUCAAAAGGACAAUCUGAAGAGACAUAUUCGCAUUCAUACUGGUGAGAAGCCAUAUGCUUGUGCGCACUGUCCGUACACCUGUGCUGACAAGAGCAAUUUGAAGAGCCAUGUGUGGAAUCAUCAUAAGUAAGGUAGAACCGGAGAUGGGUGGAUAUCCAGGGCCAGGACGGAGAGGACCUCAGGAGGUUGACAGGACCUACACCCUGACUAGCAAGAUGCACCACUGCUCCUUCUGUGCCUACUCUACUAUAGUCAAGUCUAAUCUUAUAAGACAUGCAAGAAUUCAUACUGGAGAGAAACCAUUCUCAUGUUCUCAAUGUAGUUACCAGACAACGAUAAAAGAUAAUUUAAAAAGACAUCUUCUCACCCACACCGGAGAAAAACCAUUUGCAUGCCCAUAUUGUCCUUAUCGGGCUAUUCAGAAAGUUCACCUUUCUUCACAUAUGAGAAGUCAUUACAGCAGUGGGAAUGAAGUAGGAAAUUACAGUCAGUGAUAUUUUUCUAAAUUUUAUAUAUUUUGCAAAGAAACUAAUAAGAAUUAGUAGAUAAUGCAUAAACAAACCAAAUAUGCAGUUGUGCAGUUGUAAUUAUUCCUUUUCUUGUAUUUAUAUGCAUAUUGAAAUGUAGACUGCCAUUAUAUUAGGAAUUUUAUUAUUUGAAUAUACACAAAGCAUAAACCAUGUACAUGUAUACUGUGACAAUACAUUUUUUCUCUAUAAAAUGUAGAGACUUGUGGAAUAAUUUAUCCCAUGAUGAGUCUGACACUAAUUAAAAUGUUAUCUAUUUUUUAUUUGCAUUCUCCUUUUGUAUCAAGACACUAAAAAAAUAUUUAUAUUUGAAUAAAAGUACCAGUGUUUUGUUUAUCUAAUCACUAAUCACUAUUUAUUAAGUGAUAAUUUUCGUUGAUGUUUUUUCUAGUCAAUGCAGUCAUAUUUACAUUUUAAUAUUACAUGAAAUGUAAAUGUAAAGCAGAUUAUAUGAUUUUUUGAGUUCCUAAGAACAGCAUUUUAGUUUAACAUAGUUUGUUACUAUUACUUAUACUUUAUUAAAUGCUUUUAAUAAGAACUUUUACUU